AUGGGUCGUACAGGAAGUGAGUCCUCCAGGCGAUUGCCACGCCAUCUUAGAUAUGAGGAUAUUCCUACACAUACAUUCACCCCAAGAACAUAUCAGGUGGAGCUGUUGGAUGCUGCAGUUCAGCAGAACACUCUGGUGUGUCUUGGCGCCACCUCAAGUUGCAUGUUCCUCAGUGUAAUGUUGCUGAAGGAGCUUGGACAUCAGUUACAGCAGCCACUUGACCAGGGAGGAAAGCGAGGCGUGUUUCUCGUCAACAAUGCUGAGGACAUAGCCCAGUAUGCUCUUGUGAUUGGUCAUCACACAGAUCUGACUGUUGGUCAGUAUUCAACAGACUGUCAGGACAGGGACCAUGACUGGUGGAUACAGGAAAUUCACAAGUCACAAGCAGUAGUCAUGCUUCCUGCAUUCUUUCAACAUCUUAUUGAAGAAAAUCUGUUGAAGCUAUCGCAAGUAAAUGUGCUGAUCUUUGAUCACUGCCAGCAUGUGUUGGAUCCAGAUCAUCCAUAUGAUUGCAUUACCAAAAGACUACAGGCACAAUGCAGUACAGAAGAAUCUCCCAGAAUUCUUGGUCUUACUUCCUGUUUCACAAGCAAGCACUGUCAGGACCCAGUAGAGUUGAUUACAACCAUCAAACAGUUAGAGAAACGUUUCAAUGCGUCUGCUGAGACAUCAACACUGGUUUACUCAGAGAGGUAUGGAAUGCGACCCACAGAGCUUGUGUUUGAGUGUGAUAAGUAUGAAGAUAAAACGGGUAUGGUUGAGGAGCUAGAAAUUAUCUUGGAAAACACGCUUCAGUUUCUACAGGAAUGUAAUAUCAAAUUGGAAGGUAAUGAAGACCCGAUAGAAACACCAAAGACUGUUAUAGUGGAGUGUCUCAAUAUCCUGUAUCGUCUCGGUCCUUGGUGUGCAGUGAGUCUCGCCCAGAUGUUUGUCUCACAGCUCGAAAAAAUUGACAAACAUGAGACGAUUGAUGUUAAAAAGAAAUUUCUACGCAUGGCUGCCACCCAGCUCCGACUGUUUAUAAAUCACUUUGAAAACAACUUUUCUCCAGAGUAUGACAUUGAGGAACUGCUAUUGUACACCACCCCAAAAGUGAAAAAACUUGUAGACCAUUUGCGAAGGUUUAAACCUGAGUGUGACUUUAAGAUCAUCAGCAGCGAAGAUGCAGAUGGAUUGGAUGAAGAUUCCUACAUGUCAGAUGACAGUCUAGCCUUAACAGAUUCUUCUGAUGAUGAGGAUAGAACAGGAGGGUCCAAAGUUAUUCACGUGGCAGUUAAAAAGGAUAUUCCUGAUGACAAGUCGGGGUUGCAAUUAUUCUCUGGAAGUGAUGACAAAUAUUUAUGUGGCAUUGUGUUUGUCGAUCACCGCUAUGUGGCAUUUGCCUUAAACAAAUUCAUAGAAGAAGUUUGUGCGUGGGAUGACCAGUUGUGCUUUAUCAAGAGUCACCACAUCACAGGACAAGGGUCCAAGAAAGAGGGCAGUAAAAGUUAUAAAAAACAGGAAGAAAUCCUACGCAAAUUUCGUCUUCAGGAACUCAACCUUUUACUGGCUACUGAUGUGUUGGAAGAAGGAGUUGAUAUACCAAAGUGUAACCUCAUCGUCAAAUUUGACCCCCCGAAGGAUUACCGCUCUUACAGUCAGUCAAAGGGACGAGCUCGUGCUCGGGAAUCUGAGUAUGUGAUUUUAGCGGACAAGUCAAACCUGAAGGCCUUCAGGUCGGAGUUGGCAAAAUAUAAGGAUAUUGAAGGGGUCUUGAAAGGAAUUUGGAAAGCUAAUGAUAAUGAGGAUGAAAUGAAUUGUGAGAACAUCACCGAUCUGUACCAUGACAUUUUGCCUCCCUACAAACCCUCUGAUGGGGAGGGAGGUGUUCAGGUCACUCUCACGUCUGCCAUUGCUCUCGUCAACAGAUAUUGUGCAAAGUUGCCAAGUGAUGCUUUCACCCACUUGACUCCCAAGUGUACAAUCUGUUCAACACAGAAAGGUGACCAGACUGUUUACAGUGCCACCUUAAGGCUUCCAAUCAACUCACCGAUGAAAGAAGAAAUCCAGGGUAUUCCCAUGCCUACCAAGAUGUUAGCCAAGCAAGCUGUAGCAUUAAAAGCUUGUGAGAUCCUCCACAAGUCAGGUGAAAUCGAUGAUCAGCUACUUCCUGUUGGAAAAGAACUCUUCAUGAAGGAGGAAGAAGAUUCCAGUGCAUGGGACAAUGAAGAUCUUGCUGGUGAAGCGAGACCUGGUACAACAAAGAGGAAGCAGUACUAUAUCAAACAGCUUGGAUCUGCACUAGUUAAAGGUCACCCUACAGAAGAUCAGAACUUCCUUUAUCUCAUCCAUCUAACUCUGACCCAGCCGAUAUCAGAUGAUCAAAACACGAGAGGGCGCCGAGUGUACACACCAGAUGAAACAAAGAGAGGGUUUGGAUUGCUGAGUUCUAAACAUAUCCCAAAGAUCCCAACAUUCCCAUUGUAUACAAGAUCAGGGGAGGUAACUGUAUCCUUAAACCUGUUACGGAGAGAUGCAGCCUUCACACAGGAAGAGCUCAUCAAACUGCGAGAGUUCCACCGAUUUGUGUUCACAGAGGUGCUAAGACUGGAGAAAGAUCCAAUGGAGUUCCAUCCAGAAAGGGCUGAUUUAGGCUAUUGUAUCAUUCCACUGAAUCGCAAUGACUCCAAUUACUUUGUUGAUUGGGAUUUUAUUGACUUGGUGAAGAAAUCCAAACAGUCUGUGAAGAGAAAUAUAUAUGACUCUAAGCGUGAAGUCUUUGAGUUUAAAAGACAGGAUUACGAAGACGCUGUAGUUAUGCCUUCGUAUCGUAAUAUUGAUCAACCACAGCAUUUCUAUGUGGCAGAAAUCCGCAGUGAUCUCAACCCUUCCUCAGCCUUUCCGUCCCCUGAGCUUUACAAGACAUUUAGUGAAUAUUAUACCACCAAAUAUGGUCUGACAGUGACCAAUCAGGAGCAGCCUCUCUUGGAUGUUGAUCAUACAUCAGCUCGUCUUAACCUUUUAACCCCUAGAUACAUGAACCAAAAAGGUGUUGCCUUGCCAACAAGCAGUGCAGAGACUAAAAAGGCCAGAAGAGAAAAUUUACAACAGAAGCAAAUUCUAGUCCCAGAACUUUGUGAAGUACAUGUAUUUCCAUCUUCACUUUGGAGGAAAGCUGUCUGUCUUCCAACAAUUCUUUACAGAUUAAAUUAUCUCUUGGUGGCAGAGGAGAUGAGAAUUCGAAUUGCAACAGAUGCUAAUAUUGGGCAGGUGGACCUCCCAGAGGGAUUCUCAUUCCCAGCUUUAGAUUUUGGUUUCUCUUUACAGGAGGAUAAAGAACAUAUUGAUGAAAAUGCACAAAAGUCAUCUCUGAGAGAAAACAAAAAUGUGAAUAGCAAUGACAGACAGGCUACAUCUUUGAAUGAAAAUAUACACAUGGAAGUGUUGAAAUCUUCAGAAAAAUCAGGAGACAGAAGUAUGCACAGAGAAGUGUUAGAUAAUGCUGGUGUGUGUUCAGGGGAAAGGCAUUUUGGAAAUGUUCAAUUUGCCCAUGACAAGUCAAUAGAUGUUUGUGAAAAUGUGAAAUCAAGCAAUGAAAUACUAAGGGCAGAUUGUGAAAAUGUGAAAUCAAGCAAUGAAAUACUAAGUGCAGAUUGUGAAAAUGUGAAUGUUGGCAAUGAAAAAACAGAAAUGGCUGACAGUGAAAAUGUGAAUUCUUCAAGUGAAAUAGAAAUGGCUGACUGUGAAAAUGUGAAUUCCACUAGUGAAAAAGAAAUGGCUGACUGUGAAAAUGUGAAUUCAGCAAGUGAAAUAGAAAUGGCUGACUGUGAAAAUGUGAAUUCUACAAGUGAAAGAGAAAUGGCUGAUUGUGAAAAUGUGAAUUUAGCAAGUGAAAUAGAAAUGGCUGACUGUGAAAAUGUGAAAUCUGGCAAUGAAAACACAAUGACCGCAUCAGAAAAUUUCAAUUCCGGCCAUGACACAACAACGGGUGCUACUGAAAAUCUGAAAUCCAGCCAGAAUGUAAUUAUAGAUCAUUGUGAAAAUAUGAAGCCUCAUGAAUCUGUGAUACAAACUGUGAAAACUGAGGUUGUUGAUGAUUUUGGAAGAAACAAGAAAAGAGAUAAAGUAUCAGAUGGAGAGUUAACGUCAGAAAGAAUGCAGGCUCCACCUGCUGGGCAUGAACAAAGGGCAGGCUACUCUAGUCAAAUUACCUCUGUCAAUGAAGGAAAAAGUGAUGAGAACAAUACCAGUCAGUUGUCUGUUUCAUUGAGAGAUGAGGUUCGCAAAACGUUGAUAUGUAAUGGAAACUAUGCAGAAGAAAUUGACAAACAAUGCAAGCCAAAUGAUAAAGACUGUGAUAUAUCUCACUCUGUGAGUCGUGUACAAAAAGAACUCUCUAGUCUGGAAAUCCAUGAAUCUGAUUCUACAGCAAUUACUGAAUGCAUAAAAUCAUGCAAAAGAAAUACAGCUUUUUCGAAGGAACUUUCUUCAAAUGGCCUCAUGAAAGAUUUCAGCAAAAUAACGUCAGAUUCUUCUAAUCCAUUACAUAAGGAGGAAGAUGAAUCAUUUUGUGAAAGUUUACCUUCUGAUGGCAAUCGAGACAAAUUUGAUCAAACCAAAAGCUGUGAUAUUCAUCUUGACUGUGAUAACGCUCACACAUCCUCAGGUUGGGGUGACCCCCCUGAUAGCAGAGACAAAUGUGGACAUUUGAUCAUGGACAGUACAAGGGACCAAGUCCUGGAUGAACUUGUCAGAAACAAGGAGGACCCCAAAUUUGAUGAGAACAGUUGGAAAGAGCAACAGACUUGUGAAAGUGAUGAACAAGCUGAUGUUUUUGCUUCUGUCGGACAUUUUGGAAGAUCAGAUAAAGAUGAGGUGAAGAGGUCAGUUUCUGUCGAUCUUGCAGCAACAGCAUUCCCAGAGCCGUUGUUGUCACUAGAUGUAGAUAUUGACCUUAGUAAAUAUAUUGGCCCAAGUCCAUGCACCAUCCUGCAGGCUCUCACAAUGUCUAAUGCUAAUGAUUUUUUUAGUCUGGAGCGACUGGAAACAAUCGGCGAUUCUUUCCUCAAGUAUGCUAUCACUGUGUUCCUGUACUGUACUUAUCCAGGUAUUCAUGAAGGUAAACUGAGCUACCUGCGUAGUAAGCAGGUUAGUAAUUGUAAUCUGUAUAGAUUAGGUAAAAGAACAGGUCUGGCAGAGUGCAUGAUCUCCACUAAGUUUGAACCGUAUGAAAACUGGCUACCACCAGGCUAUGUCAUUAAUGAGACAAAACGCAAGGGACCUGUGCCACAUGUGGUGUUGAGUAAAACAAACGGUAAGGUAACUCCUGAAAAUUCAACAGAGAAAACAGAUGGAAGGAAGUCACAGGUUGACGGUAAAACAUUAACAGAGGAUGAAAUAGACCAACAGAUUAAGGACAUCGAUCAGUGGCAAGAAGUCGAGGAACAGGACAUGGAGGUGAACGAGGUGAAGGGUGUCGAUAUUUACUCUUACUGUUUACAAACGCUCCACAGUAUCCCCGACAAGUCCAUCGCAGACUGUGUUGAGUCACUGAUUGGCUGCUACCUCACUUCCUGUGGAAAGAAGGCGGCACUCAGGUUCAUGUAUUCACUUGGAUUGAAAGUUUUGCCGCCCAAGGUGGCUGCAGCAGGUGAUGUAAUGGAGGAGGUAGUGACAAUGCCCACCAGCUCACAGGGGGAAUGUCAGAAUGUCAGUUCCUAUGGCUACCAGUGCCCGCCAUCACCUCUCUUAUCUAACUCGGAAACAGACAGACAUCUGAUGGAACACCUCCUGAUAGGAUACACAUCUUUUGAGGAAAAGAUUGGCUACAAAUUCUCUGAUCGGGCAUACCUUCUCCAGGCUUUCACCCAUGCCUCCUAUCACUACAACAAUAUCACUGACUGUUACCAAAGAUUGGAGUUCCUAGGGGAUGCCAUCCUGGAUUAUGUGAUAACACGACACCUGUAUGAAGACUCUUGUAAGUACUCUCCAGGAGUACUCACUGACCUCAGGUCAGCUCUGGUCAACAACAACAUCUUUGCUGCACUUGCUGUAAAGUGGGAUUUUCACAAGUACUUCAAGGCCAUUUCACCACCAUUAUUCCAGGUCAUUGAGAAGUUUGUGGCUAGGCAGAAGGAGAGAGAGGAUGAAAUUGAUUUGGAGGAUGAAGAUGAGAAUGAAGAUGCUAGUGAGGAGAAUGUUGAAUUAGAGGUACCAAAGGCUCUUGGUGACAUCUUUGAAUCACUGGCUGGAGCAAUUUACUUGGACAGUGGUUUGUCGCUGGAUGUGGUCUGGAGAGUGUACUACAGGAUGAUGAAACCUCAAAUAGACAAGUACCUGAAGAGUAUACCUAAGUCACCAGUCCGUGAAUUACUCGAGAUGGAACCAGAGACAGCCAAAUUUGAGAAACCAGAGCGAACUUUAGAAGGAAAGAUCAGAGUCACCGUCAACGUCGUCAGUAAAGGGGUGUUUGUUGGAAUAGGACGCAAUUACCGAAUCGCCAAAAGUGCCGCCGCUAAAAAAGCCCUUCGUUGCAUGAAAGCUAUGCAAGCACAAGGUCUUAUCUAAGACCAUCUCCCCUCACUGUUACAGUCCCUGGCUACAGAUCAGAUUAUUACUUUGUUAAUGGGAAUAGAAUAUUCUAGUCUUGAUGUACAUGGACAUAUUGACAUGGUUUUUGAGAUCCUUUCAUGUGAUUAAGCCUAGGUUAUCUUUACUUUCACCUCAGUUCGGAACGUCCCCUUCUGGUACCUCUAUGCUCCCUCCCCUCCCCUUCAUCUGUCUGGUACUUGAUCUUUAAUAUGACAGUUUGUGCCAAAUUUUACAUGGCCAUAGAUAAAUUCACAUCAAAUCAACAGGCUUUUUUUCCCCUAGAAUCUGUUAGUGUUUUUCACUACGUGAAUCGUUUUAUCAAGACACAAUAUUUUGCUGACAGAUAGAUGAUCCAAUGUAGCUCAGGUACUUUAGUUGUAGAAAUUUGAGGCUCUCAGAGAGAACACUUUAUUAUUGUAAAAUGGAAUAUUUGUAUUCCUUUUGUAUUAGAACAGAUGAAAAUAUUAUGGAGUAUUUAACCCUAGCUCUUGAGUCUCAGUAUUUCUUAUCCAGCAAGCAUGAUCUUGACCAAAUAAUGGUAAAGAAAAGACAAGAUAUAAUCCUAUUAUAAUGCUUUUCAUGAUCAAAACACAGUAUAUUGUGCUAAAAUGAAACUGCACUGGUUUCAGUUACUGUAUGUCAUUUCACAGCAAU